AAUAUUGUUAACCUAGGUAACGCUUUCAACUUUUUGCCAUUACUAUGGCAGCCCAAACAAAAAAAACCUUUAGAAAAGAUUGUUCGAUAACGCACUAUAAGGAAAACUAAAGUCCUUAUUUGGCAACCUUUUACACAGUUAUACUUUGGUUUUCAUUCUUAUCAAAAACUCAAAAUAUCGGUUUUAGAAAAUAAAAUAUAUUUUAAAAUUUUUACUAUAUUUUCCAUUAAAAGAAACCUAUUUACAAAAUGCCCUGUUUCUCGGCCUAUAAUAGACGUUCUUAUGAACCAUUGUUGGGUGAUAGACCUGUACCUAGAGCAAAAACUGCUGGCCGUUCGGGUGCUUACACUUCUCAAGGGGCACAAAAGGAGUCUGCGGUAAGAACCGGCAAUGCCGUAAAGAGAAAUCGUUUUAAGAUAGAGAAAAAAGUUGCGCUCCCAGUGCAGGAGUUUAACCGUUUAAAAACUGCUGCCAAAGUUUUAACACUAGAAGACCGUUUGAAUGCUCUUAUGUUGAGGGAGCAGGAAAUGAAACGUUUGGAAGAGGAAACCGAACGUACCAAACAAUAUUUCAAGCAAAUCGAUGAGGCACGCAAAAAGAAGGAAGAAGAGAAUAGCAGGGAUAUCGAGGGACAAGAACCUAAUGAACAGCUUAAGGUUUUGGAAAGAGCUUUCUUAGCCAAACACGAACAGGAAGAGGAGGUGAAAAAAGCCAAUCGCAUUAUAUUGGAUGCCAAAUGUCAUGCGGUACGUGAUGCCCAGGUGCAAGAGAAAUAUGAGCUACAAAAAGAAUUGAGAAAAGAUGAGCAACGUCUGGAGAAACAAGUUAUCGAUCGCGCUAAGAAGGCUUUAAGUGAAGAGGAUGCCAAAUAUGAAAGGCUACAUGAGGAGAAACAAAAAUAUGCCCAUGAGAUUAAGAAACAAUUAAAUGAACGGGAAAAUGCUAGAUUUCUAGAAGCAGAACGCAUUGAAGAGGAAGCUAUUAUGCUGCGCAAAGCCAAUGAAGCUAUUAAGAGAGACGAAGAGAGACAAGCAAAAUUGGCCAAAGAGAGGCGUUUAAAAUAUCGUGAUGACUUGGCCAAAGUGGUAGAAAUGUCCACCACUUUCAGGCGCAUGCUGUGCGAGCAAGAGCGUGAGGCGGAAAUGAGAAUAGCAGCCUAUAUGAGAGCCAAAGAAGAACGCAUGAAAGCAUUACAGGCUGAACAAAAGUUAGCCAAAGAAGAAUUGGAACGCAAGCAACAGCGUAUUUAUAAUUUGGCAGAGAAAAUCUUACAAUCAAAAUCCGAUCGUGAAGAAAUGUCUUACCUCAGAGAACAGGAGAGAAUUGAGAGAGAAUAUCGCCGCAAAGAAAAAGAAGCUGCCAUGCGAAAAAAACAAAUCGAAAAAGAGUUGGCCGAGGCUCGAGAACGUCAAAUGCAGGAAACCAAACAUCGUCAGGCUUUACAAAUCGCCAGAGCCGAACAAGAGUUCAAUACUCUCAUUGACACACUAAAAGAGGCCGAAGCUAAGCAAAAACGUGAGGAUGAACUGAGGGAAUGUCGUCGUAAAUGUUAUCGUCGUGAUAUUAUCCAACAAAUCGGUGAUAAUGAAAUGAAACGUCGCAGUUUGCAGGAAUUGGAAAAGAAUCAAGCAUCAGCUUGGCGUGAAAGUGAACGACAACGUGACGCCAAUAUAAGAGCGGUAAUAACGGCUAAAUUGAAUGCUAUGCGUGAGGCUUGUUUGCCCGAUAAAUACAUUAAGGAUGUGGAAAAACAAUUGUCUCGAAUAGUGGGCAAAGAUAAAACUCUACCUAAGUUGGCUUCGUAAGCGUAUAGAAUCACGUACUCUGGGCAUAAUGUUUGUCAAAUUAAAAUGCAGCAACUGUUCUUGGACUAAUCGGUUUAGUAGUUUUAGGUAAAAAUUAAAUUUUUGUAAAAUUUUUAAAUUUUUUCCGGGAAUCCUUUUAAUUUGACUUAUUUUAUGACCAGAUUGGAUCUGAAUUCUAUUCGGGGAAUAAUUUAUGAAUUAUUUUUCAAUAAUAAAGAAGCACUUUU